AUGUUUCGAACGCAAGUUGUGCCUACUACAACUUUGAUCCGAAUCUUUACUCGCCUCUUCUCGGACCGUGGUGCUCGCAAACACGCUUCGAGGCCGACACUCUUCCAAAAGACAUUACAAGGCAAUUUCACAGUGUCCACGCCUCAAAAUGCUCAAGCCUUUCUAUCGGCAACCUUGAAUCAGAAAGAUAACCCGAUUGGCGUGGUUGAGGAGAUACUGGCCAGUCAGCGCGGCCUCAAAUGUCUUCAUGAUGCUUUCAACAUUGACGACACGCCAAAAUAUGUCGAUAUAGUCCUUCAACCCGUUUUAUCCUGGCUCCAGUAUCCAGCUCUUCAAUCAGCGAGCAAUGGAUCCUACCUCAGGCGGACUUUGCAAGCGCUGGUCAAUCCCCCAGGCUCGAGGUUCUGGAAAGCAUAUCACUCGCAUGUCAAGUACGAACUCGUUGAUGAGAGGUCGAUCCAAUGCUUUGCGUGGUUGCUCUUGCAACUGCUUACCAAUACACGCACAGUCCGACCUUAUGAUCUGAUGAUCGCCAAGGAUCCUUCGGUGCAGAGAGUCCUGGCAGACUCAUCGUACGAUCAUACACGUUACCUUGGCCAAAGGAUUCAGCGGGUGUAUGCAUUGCACCAAACUGCCAAUUCUCGAAGUGCUCGAGAUGUCUUUCAGCCACAGCACAACAAUGACUUCCAGAACUUCAAGGAUAUUGGUAUCUUCCCUACCGUGCAGGAAGUGGUGUCAGACAACAAGCCGAGGAUUUGGCGUGCGGCAGAAGUGUUUGAAGAACCUGAUCCUACCAGAAGACUAUACAUAUAUCUGGCAAACCUGUUCCGGCUUUACAGACAAGACUGGCUCGAAGAGAUCAAAGAACAAGUACAAAUCGCUCUGGGAAAAGAAACAGAAGAUUCACGUAGUAUCACAACACUCAGCGUGAAGCUGACUGGAGUUUCAUGCCGCGAUACAUCUAGGAAGCAUGGCCAACAUCCUUGGUCACUGAGACUAGAAUGCUCAGAGCCUUUGCCCGAACUCAAAGACCUUAAUCCAGAGCAACGCAAAGCUUUCAUCAAAGACGACACUGAUUUCAUGCCAGAUGGAGCUCUUGGGUUCGUAAUAGCAGAUGGAGAACCAGUGGCUAUUGUCAAAUUACUGCGCGAUGAAGCACUACUCGCCAGAUCGAUAGUUUGCAUCCAAGUCCCUCACCGGGAAUUGAUAUCUCAAGCAAUGCUUGCUAUGAUGAAUGCAGCAUCUCUGGAACUUGUGCUGCUCAACACUGCUGGAUAUGCCUAUGAACCAGUUCUUGGUCGAUUGCAGAAUACCACAGAAAUCCCUUUCGAGGAAGAACUGUUGUUCUGGGAUAAAUCACACUCUGUCAAGGACUCGGAGGCAUACAGCAAUAGCGACAAAAUAAGGGAGAUUGUGAGGCAGCUUGAGGAAAGGCAGGAAUCAAAUCUACAGGAUGCUAUGAAGUUGAAGAGUUCGGUUGUUCUGGACCCUUCGCAAGCAACUUCAUUAGUAGCUGCUCUGAAACAACGAUUGAGUCUUGUACAGGGCCCACCCGGGACUGGCAAAUCAUUCAUUGGAGCCCUUGCAGCAAAAGUCUUGCAUGAUCACACCAAUGAGAAGAUUCUGGUUGUCUGCCACACAAACCAGGCUUUGGAUCAAUUCACCCAAGACAUUCGAAAAAUUGGCGUCAAAGAUUCGCAGAUUGUCAGAUUGGGUGGAGUGGAGAGAACGGAUCCUGCUAACCAUGAUUUGUUACUCUCGUCUCUGAGGCUUGAUGGUACGCAUCAUCCUAGCCGAGAUUCAAGAUCUUUUGUCAAGGAUCUUGAGCGUCAGGUGUUGGAUGAAUCUCGCCGCCUUGAAGACCUUUAUCGUGAGUUUACGUCGUUGGAUAGACUCCGUGAUCAUCUAGAUGGGUUGGCGAUGAAAGGGGAUCCGAGAUACAGUCAAGCGUUUGAGAUCAGUCUUGAACCUAAUGGCACUACGCGUGUCACGGAACAUGACACAGUAGCUGGCAGGCACUACUUACUGCAGCGAUGGCUCGAGGGCAAAGAUCCCGGUGUCUUUCCAGAGAAGACGAAGUACACUGCCGUAUGGGGUCUUUCACUACAACAAAGGCAAGAGCUAUCAAGCAACUGGCGAGCCACAAUCAACCAAAAGACGCUCCCAGCUUUCUUGGAAAUGGCAGACCACCACGACGACCUCUUAAACCAAGCUCGCAACGCAAGCAGCCAAGUCACCGAACAAAUCAUCCGCAGCAAAAGAAUAAUCGCCUGUACAACCUCGGGCGCAGCAAAAUACCCCCAAGUGCUUUCCACAGCCCCUGGCAUCGUCAUCAUCGAAGAAGCAGGUCAAGUCCUAGAGUCCCACACCAUAACAGCUGUAAACCCAACUGCCAAACAACUCAUCAUGAUUGGUGAUCACAAACAACUACGUCCCUUUAUAAACUACGACUUAAGUGUUGAAAAAGGGGAUGGCUAUGACCUUAAUCGCUCCUUGUUUGAGCGCUUGGUAUUGAAAGGAUUUCCGCAUCAAGUCCUGGCGCAACAACAUCGUAUGAGACCUGAGAUAUCGGAACUGGUCAGACGGCUUACUUAUCCUGACCUUGUUGACGCGCCAAAAACACUAAAUCGGCCAGAUUUAAGGGGGUUCUCUGAUCAUGUGAUUUUUGUAAAUCAUGAGGAACCUGAAGAUACAGCUACUGAGGAUCCAACGACUGUUAAUGUCAGAACGUCUAAAAGAAAUACUUUCGAAGCUGAGAUGACGUUUGAGACUGUCAAGUACUUGUUGCAACAGAACUACAAUGCUAGCAGUAUUGUGGUAUUGACGCCGUAUCUGGGUCAGCUGAAGAAAAUGCAAGAGGUCUUUGGCGGAGAGGUGAACACUGUUCUGAGUGACCUCGAUGUCAAAAACAUGGAGAAAAAUGGAUUGAUUGAGUCUUCAGCUGGAUCUGUUACUCUUGGUCAAACUCCAUGCAGCGAAUCAAUAUCAGCAACCAAGGAUAAUUACCAAGGUCAGGAAAGCGACAUCGUCGUCGCCUCUCUAGUACGAAGCAACCCAGACAACGACAUUGGUUUCCUCUCCAGCCCCGAACGUCUCAACGUGCUUCUCUCGCGCGCACGCAACGCACUCAUCCUCAUCGGCAAUGCAGCAACCUUCAAAUCCGCCCAUACAGGCCAAGAAACAUGGAUAAAGCUAUUCUCUCUACUUGAAGAGAAAGGGCAUGUAUAUCAAGGCGUCCCUGUGCAAUGUCAAAACCACCCCCAGGUUACAGCACUCCUAAGCACAGCUGCAGAAUUUGGAGAGAAAUGCCCCAAUGGAGGGUGUACAGAGAUCUGUGGCCAGAAAUUGAGAUGUGGCCAUUUGUGUGGUGAGACUUGUCAUCAUGUUGAUCAUGAAGAUAUGGUUUGUAGGGUGGUUGUUGAGGAGUUGUGUAAUAGAGGUAGACAUACACAGAGGUUUGAGUGUUUUGAGAGGUUGGAGGUUAUUUCUAGACCUUGUGAGGAGUGUGCGGCUGAGGAUGAGGCGGAGAAGGAGAGAGCUGAGCAGGAGAACAAGAGUACCGGACAGUGA